AUGGCGGUUGCGAAAUCGGAAAUGCCGGCGCUAGUAAACCGGGAUUCUUCAACGUUUGCUUCGCUUUACGUCGGCGAUCUUAGCCCGGAAGUGACUGAGGAAGAUCUCAUCUACAAAUUCUCUGUGACUGUUCCUGUCGUCUCCGUUCAUCUUUGCCGUAACUCGGUCACCGGAAAAUCCAUGUGUUACGCCUACGUCAACUUCGAUUCACCUUUGAGCGCAUCGAAUGCUAUGGCUUGCUUAAACCACACUGAUUUGAAGGGGAAGAGAAUGCGAAUAAUGUGGUCUCAGAGGGAUCUUGCAUACCGUCGUACUAGUGGUUUCGGAAAUCUCUUCGUUAAGAAUCUGGACAGCUCGAUCAGUAGCAGUUGCUUAGAGCGAAUGUUUAGCCCCUUUGGAGCAAUACUUUCUUGCAAAGUCGUUGAAGAGAAUGGCCAAAGUAAAGGUUUUGGGUUUGUUCAGUUUGAUACAGAGCAAUCUGCUGUAGCUGCUCGUUGUGCUCUCCAUGGCUCUAUGGUUGAUGGCAAGAAACUGUAA